AGUUAACGGGAUCCGCGGAGCGGAGGGAGUCUCGGCUCCAGACCAGUUUCCGUGUCCAGUCCACGAUGCACUUUAGGACUUCAGGAAGAUGCGCGUGAGUGUGCGGAUAACCGGGCUGCUGCUCGCGGUCAACCUCUGCUGCGGACCGCUGCGCGCUCAGGAUCCCUCCUGCUGCCAGCAUGCUGCUGCGGUGGACAACUGCAAAGAAGCCUGUGACCAGCUGGCCUCCAUCAAGAGUGAGUCCCAUCUGAAGCAUUUCCUGCAGAGGUUGCCCAGCUUCUGUCCAGAGUCCAUGAGUGAGCUCUGGGUUUGCAUCAACUCGUCUCUCCCAGGAGUGUCCAGGAAGUCUGCCGGGUGGGUGGGGAUUGGUUGCUGUGAAUUAGCCAUCUCGACUGAAUGUCUCAAUGAAUGCAAAUAUGCAUCGUCCAGGAAGGACAUCACGGAGGUGUGUAAGAAGCUGACAGAGAACUCCCUCUACAGCUGCAUCACCAAAAAUGAGAAGGGCUCAUCGUGCUGUCUCUCCGCGGGUCGCCACACCAUCUGCAGGCAGUACUGCGAGGCCAUCUUCAGCAUGGACUCCACCCCCUCCCAGUCCCAGAUCCAGGCCGUCACAGGCUACUGCCAGAGCCACAGCCAGAAGCUGGUCGACUGCGUCGUAAACUUCACCGAGUCCUACCCUGAUCACAGCCCCACAGACAACCUGUACUGCUGUGAGCGGGCCGAGGCCGCCCACUGUCAGCUGGCAUGCCAGCGGAUCCUCAGCACCAUGAAAACGGAGCAGGAGAUCAUAGACGGCCUGAUCAACGAGUGCGGCUCGCCCCUCCCUCAGGACCCCAUGUGGCAGUGCUUUCUGGGUAGCGCCCUCCCCCCUCUGCCUCCUGAGGAGGAGACCCCCCAUCCCGCCAAGAUGGACGGCGCCAAGCUGCACUGCUGCUCCAAGGCCAACAGCUCCCUCUGCAGGGACAUGUGCCAGAAGAUCAGCCUGCACUGGGACAGCCAGACGUGGCAGGACUUUGAGCAGUUCUGCGAGUACAAGCCGGCGGAGACGGAGCUCAUCAGCUGCCUGUCCGACGUCCGUGAGCCGUGCCAGCUGGGCUGCAAGGACCUCACCUACUGCACCAACUUCAACAACAGGCCCACAGAGCUGUUCCGCAGCUGCAACAUCCAAUCCGACCAGGGAGCCAUGAACGACAUCAAGCUGUGGUCCAACGGCACCAUCAAGAUGCCGUUCAUGAACAUCCCCGUGCUGGACAUCCGGAAGUGUCUGCCGAACAUGUGGAAGGCCGUGGCCUGCUCCCUGCAGAUCAAACCCUGCCACAGCAAGUCCAGAGGCAGCCUCAUAUGCAAGUCAGACUGCGUGUCCAUCCUGACCCAGUGUGGGGACAGCCAGCGUUUCCACGAGGGCCAGACAGCAGAGAGGAUCUGUGACCUGCUCUCCCCCAUCGAUGACCCCGAGCGCUGCAUCCCCCUCCACAAAUACCUCACUCCUAGUUCCAUUGGCAGCACUGUUCAUCAGGAAGUCAUCCAUACAUGCAACCCCAACCCGUGUCCUAGCAACUACCUGUGCCAGGUGAACCGGAUGGGCUGCCUUGACGAGGACGACUGUGAGCCGUUCCUGUGCGUCCCAGGCUGUAAACUGGGUGAAGCCUCUGAGUUUCUGGUGCCGCGGAAUUUUCGGGUCCAGGUGCCGACCAGUCUGCCUGGCUGCUAUGAGGUGUGCAGCUGUGGGGCUAGUGGCCGUCUGGAGAACUGCAUGGAGAUGCGCUGCGAGAACAUCGAGUCGCCCCUCGUCGCCGAAGGCCAAAACAACCUUCCCUGCAGCUGUGCUGACCACUUCAUCCCGGUGUGCGCCGCCAACGGCCGCACCUACCCCAGCGCCUGUGUGGCCCGCUGCAUGGGCUUCCAAGACCACCAGUUUGUGUUUGGCCAGUGUCACCUGAGCGACCCCUGCAGCGGCAGGAGCUGCCCCAGGAAACAGAGGUGUGUUCCGAAGCACCGUGUGUGUCUGAGUGACUCCUCAGACUGUGUGCAGUUCGAGUGUGUGGGACGGCCUGCAUCCUGUAACUAUGACAGACUGCAGCCUGUCUGCGACACACACCACCUCAUGCACCCCAGCAUGUGCCACCUGCAGCAGACCGACAACACGCUGGCAUACGUCGGCCACUGUCAGGAGGCCUGCAGGAAGCAGCAGGAAGUUUGCGGCCACAACGGUGAGACCUACAACACGCCGUGCCACGCCUUCUCUGACCGCGUGGCCGUGGACUACGAGGGGCCGUGUCGUGCAGUCGGCGUCGUGCCCGAGGUGAUCCAUGACUCCGCCUGCAGUUUGGUCUCCUGUCCGCCCGUGUCCACUCCAGGCUGCUAUCCCAUCACGCCCCCCGGAGCCUGCUGUCCCAUCUGUGCCAGCAUGCUGCAGAUUCACUGGAACAAGGAGAAGAUGAACUGUUUCUCAGAGGUGAACAAGAACCAGCCGGUGACGGUCCACGACGUCCUGCAGAUCCUGCGCCUGCACGUGUCUGUGCCGCAGUGUGACGUCUUUGGAUACCUGAGCAUCGACCACCAGCUGGUGGUCCUCAUCGUGCCCGUGGACCAGCAGCCAACACCUCUGCAGGUGGAAGCGUGCGGUAAAGAGGCGGAGAAGAUCGAGUCCCUCAUCAACUAUGCCAGCCCCACUCUGGUCUCCCACGUCCCCCUCUCUGCCUUCCUGGAGUCUUACAUCAGGACCUCCUCCAUGCAUUCCAGAGGCGUCCUGCGCUCCCCUCCGCCGUCUGGCCUGGGCCUCCUUCUGCUCCUCCUCCUCCCAGCAGCCCUCGGUCUCCAGCAGAUUUAAGAGCCCUCCGUUUCCUCCUGCAGAGUUCCUGUAGAUGUUGCAGAGGGAGGCAGCUAUCCUGACAAUCACUCUAUGACUCACGUGUACCACGAUCAAGCGGUUGUCAUGGAGAGUGCUGAGCUGCCUCCAUCAACUGUGAGAAUGCGUGUCUGACCUUGAAGAAGAGUUUGCUUCAGACCAGCACAAGCCUUCACGCACAUCCUUUAUGUGUGUGUUGGUGUCUACACGCCCAUCUGUGUGUGUGCUCUUGUGUGGGUAUGUGUGUGUGUGCAACAAAAUACAUUUUAUAGAGAGGCCAAAAAGUCCUGGUCUGACCAAACGUCAUUUUCCCAUCAUGCCGCACAGUGUUGUGGGUGUCACAGUGCACGUCACAGGCAGCAAGCCUUCAAGGUUCUGCAGAUAUUCUGGGUCAGAGUGAAAUGUUUCACCGUAAUUACAAACUUUUCUGAAGACUCAAAUAAAGCGAGUAAAGCAGAGCAGGACGAAGGCCAGAUCCAGAGGAGGCCUCAUAUCUCUAGUGGAUCUGUGGGGGGAAGGAGUGGACCUCACGCUUCAUCAUCCUAAACGUCUCCUCAUUGGACCGUGUCGGUGCCAAAUGUGGAGGUUUUCUCUGAUCCACACAUGAAGAAAACCUGAGCAGAAGUGAGCGAGCCAAAGAAGAGAGGAGACGAAUGCAUUCAUGACAAACAGGAGGGAAGGCCAUGAUACUCCAGAUUUAAGGUCUAGAUCCACCUCUACCAGCUUUCCUACUGUUUUAUCUAAUCCAUGUUUUAGAGGACCAGCCAUCUCCUCCGGUACUGCUGACACUCAGCAUCAUCAGCAUGAGGCCAUAACGUGACAAACCUGGUGAAACCCGUCAGGAGUUCAGGCGUGUUGUUCUUCAGUCAGCGGUCUGGAAUAAGGCCAGGAGGUCAUAGUAGUUUCUUCCAUGUCCACAGGCCAUCCCUGAAGAUGCUGAAGAGAAGAGGGAAUCUAAAAACUCAUCCUCAGCUUUACCUGUUUAAAACCAAAUCAUGUUCAGGUUCGAUGUUGUCCAGGUGUUUACCUGAAGCUUUUGUCACACAGACCGGAGCAGAACUCACCUGUGUUGGUGUCAUAACUGCAGAGGUUAUGGUAGCGUGUGAACUGCUCCAGCAGCUCACAGGUUGUGUGUUUGUGUUACAGUGACCAGACCUCUGUAUGCGCCUGGUCAGACAGUAUUAUGCAGAUGUGAUUCUGCUGCAGUGAAUCAUCUGAUUCCUGCGUUCAGAAGCCAUUUCACAAGAAGACAAUCAGCUGCUUUUGACCGAAAUUGUGUCUUAUCUGAAGUAUUAAAGAAAAUGCAAUAACUUUAUAUUUUUUAAGAAAUGUCUAUAUUUGAUAUGGAUUUUCUGAUGGAAAGAAUAAUGCUCGUCUAUGUGCCAUGUUUUCUCUUAUUCUGUACUGCAUGAUGAAGAGUGUUUGACGGCUGACAGUAUUACUGUGCUGAGCAGCUUGGUAGCAGGGACCCCCGAGCUCAUGUAUAUGGUUGUUUGUUUCUUUGAAGCUUUUGUUGACUAUGUGAUGUUUAUGUCUAAAUAAAUGACCAAUUGCAUCUAAAA